AUGGGUUUUGAUGGCCCAGACUGCCAAUUGGACGUUCGAGAAGAGUCCAUGUGCCCCACAGGCGUUUUGGACGUGGAGGGCAACUGCUGUGAGACUGCUGUGUACGACCAUUUCACAGGCCAGUGCUGCAAAGGGGAGGGAGUUCAGCUGGACAAGAGUGGACGGUGCUGCCUUGGCACUUUGGAUGUGUGUGGCGAGUGCAAUGGCACGGCAAUCUUCAUCGAUGCAUUGGGACGGUGCUGCGACUCUACCCUUGAUUCCUCUGGCCUGUGCUGCUCAAGUGGCGAUGUGGAUGUGUGUGGUGUCUGCGACGGCUUUGGAGCCAGUUGCGGAACUCAGGUCAUAGCCAUAGUGCAGACUGACACCAUUGAGGAAGACAGAGUCGAGCAGUGUGUUGCCCAGGGCAUCGCAGAAUUGUUGGAACUUGAGGAAGGAAAUGACCCGACAGUAGACAUCCUGUGGACAGAUGGAGGUGCAGACAGCUUGGACAUUGCUUUCAAUAUCUCAGGCAUUCCAAGGUCGAAGCUGGGCAUCUUGGGGCGCCUUGCCAUGACCGUCACCAAUUCAACGGCACGCGGCGAUGGCUGCACCGUGAUGGACAUCCUAAGUGUGGAACGGCUACCAGUGUGUGGCAAUGGUGUGUGUGAAGUUGGGGAAGCAGCAGGGUCCAGUGGCUCCAGCUCUCGGCGGGGCUUCGGCUGCCCUGAGGAUUGCCCUUUCAGGUUUGACUACAACUGCCCAACUGCAAAUGAGAACAGCUUGGUCGGGCGCCAAGAUGAGAUGUGUUCGGGCAAUGGGAGGUGCUUGUAUGCAGAGGAGGGCCGCUGCGACUGUUAUGCGGGGUACGAGGGUGCUGCCUGUGACCGGUGCUCUUUGGGAUUCAUGGUCUUCAACAGGAAGUGCGUUCUGAGGACAGGGGCUGCCACGCCGCCGGGAGGCAUGCCCUUCUGUUGCACUCCUGGGCAGCAGACUGAAGCGCCAGCCGAGGGACCACGGUUGGAAGAGGUGGAUGGCGCGCCGACUGUGUCUGUUGUAGAUGGGAGUUCUUCUGCCAAUGGCAAUGUUGAGGCAAUCCCGAGGAGAAUCAGUGACGAUAUCUCCACAGGGGACGACAGUCAGUUUGGGGUGUCUGAGGCUGCUUUCACCUCCAUAAUGGCUGUUGCCAUUAUCGUGUUCAUUAUGUGCAUCUCGCUCGCUCUGCUCUCCUACAAGCGCCGAGCCAGGAGGCCAGGAGAGAGUGUGACAGAAGAGCGGACGACGGGUGAAUCUGGUCCUGUCAGUGAUAGGGACUCGAAAACGUAUGCUGCGAUUUGGCAAGACUUCCGACAGGGCCUCACUAGGACUGAUGGCGGUGCCAGGAGCUUGCCAAUGAUCAUGUCGUCCAGUGAACCAAGGGAACGUGGAACAAGCAUAAUUGGCAUGAGCAGCCCACCCCUGAAACGCUACAGUGAGGCAGGCACCAGCACUGCGAGAUCCACUCAAGGCAUCUCAUGUGACUGGGGUUCAGAUACUUCAGAUGCCUCCAACCACAGAUGUCACAAGGCAUCGUGUGUCUCUUCGAUGUCAUCAGUUGCUGAAGAGUUGACCUUUGGCCGCACAGUCGACUUUGCAGAGAUGCGAAGCCAAAGCACAUCAAGCGAGAAGGGGGUGAGUGUCGGCAAUUUGCUGCACACCAAGCAGCAUGCAUUGAAAGAGACUUCCUCAGUCAACAUCAUUGACCAGAGGAACCAGUUUAAUCCAAGGGAAGUAUCAGAAGAUCCGAUUCUUUUGACGGGAGCUGCCCAGCAACAGCGUGGCAUGUACGAAAUCGAGCCUUGGGGCUCAACAGCGAGGUCUAGCCAAAUGAACAUGGGCUUUGCAGGGAGCAAGUUUCAUGGGACGGAGCCCUCUAUCGUGGGGCCUGGCACAUACAGCAGCAUGGAAGGGGGACCAUUGGGAGCAGAAAUAAGCAUGCAAUCGACAGCAGCAAAUAAUUCGAGGGGGGUGAGUGGUGGGCAGUCCCCCACCUUCGAUUGGGCAAAUUUACAAGACGAGCCGGUUUCUCAGAGCUCAGACAGGGUUAUUGCGCCUGCGAUGGUGUCCAGCCCUUGGACGCAUAUGGCUGGCAGGAACGUGUCCUCAGGCAAGUUGCGCAUGGCCCCGCCCUCUGGGAUGGCAGAGGAUGCAAUCUACAGUGUGCGGACCAAAGCAACCACUGAGGACCCUGGCCUUGUUGCCGUUGCAUUCCAGAAUCCUGUGGUUUCAAGCCCACAGCUUUUGGCAAGCCGCGAUUCGGACAUGAUGCCGAUGGGCUGCAUACCUUCGGGGGGAGAACACCGCAGCCAGCCAGAAACAGCACGAAAGCAUUGGCGUGGGCUGGCUGCUGGAAUCAUUGAUACAGCAGAGGAUGUUGAGGCAACACGGGGUCGGCCAGAGGUGAGGGGUCCCAGGAAUGUGGGCCCGGGGGAGAAUGUGAAAUUCCCUCAGUAUGUGUCGAUCAGGAGCCAUGAGGUUGACAUGGAGCUCAGCGACUGGGAGAAGGAGAUGUGCACUCAGAAUGUGUAUCGACAAGCACCGGGCACUGGUGAUUGGGAGAGUGCAUCGCAUGACUCAAUGUCAUAUGGCGAACGGGAGUCCCAACGCGGAGAUGAUUCUCAUUGCCAUCCGCUGCAGCUGAGAAAUGUGCCGUGGACCGCAGCAUCCUCCCUGCUUCCAGAGGAGUUGCGUCCAAAUGCAGAAUCCGUCUUCGCUUGUGAACCUGAGAAUGGCGGCAAUACCGGCACGGUUGGCACACGCACUGCAGAGGUUCCUGAAAAUCGGCAGCGCGGGGGCGCACCAGUCCUGGCCACUCAUGACUUUCGACUGAGCGACGUGUCCAGGAGCACGACGCAAUCCUCAGCAUGGCAAGGUGAAGGAGGCGAUGAAAAGAUGCCGUUUGAGAACGCCAGUCUGCCAAUCGACGACGGGACGCAGAUGGCGUCUUCGACUUCUGAAUCUUGGGACGACGAGGGCAUGGUCAGAAAAGAGGGAUUCGGGGGGCAUCCCACGCUCGCAAGAAAGGCGGCACAGGGGCCCGGCUCCUCAUCUCUCCACGAAUCUCGCCAACCAGGUGCAUUGAAGUACAAUGAUGGAUUGGCGCCUGCGUCCAGGACUGCCUCUGAAGGUUUGGAAUACGUAUUUGACGGAGAAGGCUUCAGUCCCUACCCUACGGCGGUGCUGGACAGUGGCGGAUCCAUGGGCGCGUCAUGGGCCGCAAGCCCUCUAGAGGCAUGCCACUUGAACGGAAGGAAUGGAUUUGAGAGCCAUCCACUGCAGUGGGAGUGA